GCCGUGGAAAAAUGUUUACUUAUUUAAAACAUUCUAUAUUUCUAAAAUGGCCAAGAUAAUCUUGAGUUUGCACUUACUGCUACAAAAUUAUUUUGGUACAUUUAUAGAAAUUUCAUAUAAUUAAAGAUCACACAAUGUGUGAUUGUUAGUAGCGAUUAAUGGAAAUGAAAUUAAUCCAACUAUAAUGCUUGAUUUUUUAUGAAAGUGAAGUUACUUACUUGUAUUGUGUAUCAUGGUUCGGCAAAGGCUUCCAAAUAUUAAUGGUGUUAGAAAUAGUAAACAUCUGGUAUUAAGUCUUAUUACUGGUGUAAUUUUUGGAUUUCUCUCAGCGUGCCUUUUAAAAACAUCUACAAAAGAUGUGCCAUAUAUGUUUAACUGGUUUUCUGGUAAUUUUCCACUUUCAAGAGACCCACAUCAUUAUUCAGAGCUGGAAUCAGAGGUUGGACCUGAAACAGAAGUAAAAUUUCAUGGUGAAGAUGAAGAUUUCCAUAAAGGUGAAGAUAAAGUUGCACAAGAUCUUGAGAAACGAGUACGUGUACUUUGUUGGAUUAUGACAGGUCCAAAAAAUCAUCAAACUAAAGCACAACACGUGAAAGCAACAUGGGGAAAACGUUGUAAUAUUCUCUUAUUUAUGAGCUCUGCAGAAGAUGCAAAUUUACCUGCAAUUGCUUUGCCAGUAAAAGAAGGAAGAGAUAAUUUAUGGGCAAAAACCAAAGAAGCAUUUAAAUAUGUUUAUGAGAAGUACAAAGAUGAAGCUGAUUGGUUUAUGAAGGCUGAUGAUGAUACAUACGUGGUGGUAGAAAAUCUACGAUAUAUGCUUUCGUCUUACGAUCCAAGUUCGCCGCUAUAUUUUGGCUGUAGGUUUAAACCGUUUGUAAAGCAGGGAUAUAUGAGUGGCGGUGCAGGAUAUGUACUUAGCAAAGAAGCUUUGCGAAAAUUCGUGAAGGAAGCUUUGCCUGACAGGACUAAGUGUCGUUCGGAUAAUGGAGGUGCAGAAGAUGUGGAAAUGGGAAAGUGUCUCGAGAAAAUAAAUGUUAAAGCGAUGGACACACGAGAUCCGCACGGUCGUGGGCGAUUUUUUCCUUUUGUACCGGAGCACCAUUUAAUUCCUAAUCACAUGGAUACAAAUUUUUGGUACUGGAAGUACAUUUAUUACGAUACCAAAGAUGGUCUCAACUUAUUCAAAAUAAUAUUAAAUUCCUUUUGUCUAGAUGCAAAUUUACCUGCAAUUGCUUUGCCAGUAAAAGAAGGAAGAGAUAAUUUAUGGGCAAAAACCAAAGAAGCAUUUAAAUAUGUUUAUGAGAAGUACAAAGAUGAAGCUGAUUGGUUUAUGAAGGCUGAUGAUGAUACAUACGUGGUGGUAGAAAAUCUACGAUAUAUGCUUUCGUCUUACGAUCCAAGUUCGCCGCUAUAUUUUGGCUGUAGGUUUAAACCGUUUGUAAAGCAGGGAUAUAUGAGUGGCGGUGCAGGAUAUGUACUUAGCAAAGAAGCUUUGCGAAAAUUCGUGAAGGAAGCUUUGCCUGACAGGACUAAGUGUCGUUCGGAUAAUGGAGGUGCAGAAGAUGUGGAAAUGGGAAAGUGUCUCGAGAAAAUAAAUGUUAAAGCGAUGGACACACGAGAUCCGCACGGUCGUGGGCGAUUUUUUCCUUUUGUACCGGAGCACCAUUUAAUUCCUAAUCACAUGGAUACAAAUUUUUGGUACUGGAAGUACAUUUAUUACGAUACCAAAGAUGGUCUCAACUGUUGUUCCGAUAGCGCGAUUUCUUUUCACUACGUGUCACCUAAUAUGAUGUACGUUUUGGAGUACUUAAUUUAUCACUUAAGGCCAUACGGAAUCACGCAUGGCGUGGAAAAACUUACUGCGGAUCAGUCAACUACUGUAUUAACUGAAUACUAGUCUAUAUACUAUUUCAAUCAAAAUACUACAACUUCUGAUGGGUAAAUGUAUUAUUUACAAGUGUCGGAACUUAUAAAAUUAUUAAAAUUAAGGAAUGUAUUAAAAUGUUUAAUUUCUUUAACAAAUUCAAAGAAUUGAUCAAAGUUCUGACACUAAAAUUCUUCCAGAUCUGAAAAAAAAAAUGGUAAAAUGUGUGAACGUAUUAUAUCAUACUAAAUUAUGUUUGAUCUGAGUUAAUAAGUAUUAUAGUAAGUUAUUCAGUCUUUGAUGUUUUAAACUAUAUACAAAUUUUACAUAUUUGCGAAGAGAGUUACAGUUAACAAGAACUUGUGGAAAAUGUUUUAAAAGUACUUUUCAGUAAUACUUGAAGUGACUUAGGACUUUCAUUGCGUAUCUUUAAACCCAUCAGUAAUAGCAAGUAUAAUUAUAAUUUUAUUCUUCUUUUUAUUGUUGUCAUGUUAUGACACUAGUCUAUUCAGGCCAACGAAUUAAACGUUAAUAUAUUCACCAAAAGAUAAAAUGUGUGAUAUAUACGGUAUUUCAUAAUGAUAUAUAUA